GCUGGCACAGCGACGCGAUAGCCAAGGGAUUUCUUGAUCAACCAGCACAGGCGACAGCAGCAGCUACUCGAACUAAUAUCAGCGUCAACGUUCCUCAACUGUUACAUAGAUUCACGUUCGUCAUCGUCGUCUCUCGAAGUUGCUCCUUUCCUGUACUCUUUCACUCGCUUCCCUCGUUUUGGCCGGCAGUCAGCGAGCGGUCGCCGCGGCGGCGGCGGCGGCGGCGGCAGCAAGCGGCUGGUCGGCGGCGCUGCUGUUGUCUGUCCGUCUGUCUGUCUGUCUGUCAGUAGUAGUCAGUCGUCGGUUCGUAGAGCGGCGCAAACCUCUCUUACAGGCGGAGGGGGGGGUUUGCGGACAAACGGAGAGAUUCGCAGCGGUUGCGACUGAGACAUGAGCACGCCGCUCUCGAUAGACAGUCGAGAUCAUCAUCCGGCGGGAGACGAACUACGGCUAGACAGACUAAAUGCCGCACUGUGCCAAUCGCCCCGUACAUUGUGAGGAGUAGUCGGCAGUAGGAGAACCUUGCAUCAGUGUGCUUGCUGUGAGACUACAUGGAGACCCAGCAACUUAACCUGCCGUAGACUAUUUGGCAGUGCUGGGCCGGCUUGUCACUUCGGCAUGCCCAGCAUGUGACUGAUUCCGUGGCAUUAACUGUGUGACUGUAGAGUAACGGCAGAAGUUGGCGAAAUCACAAAUGAAUAUUGUUGUCAGCCGGCAAAGAGACAGAAAACGUGGGAUUCACGUACAGUCUUCUCUGUACGUGUGCGUGUUGUAGCUUUCUGAUAGAGGGGCGGCAGUGGGACUAAUGAAAAACUAAAGAUCUCGCUCACUGGAAACAGGGUUAGCAUCCGAUUGUUCGUGUGUGUAAAGUAGAAGUUGCUGGUGGUGGCGAAAAAGAUCAUUUGGCUAGAGUUAGAGAAAGGUACUGUUGGGGUAACGUUGUCACUAAGUUAUUAUCAACAACAACAACUGCGAGAGCGACCCUUCGAUAUCAAAAAUCUUCGUCAGCCCUACUGUAUAUGUGAUUAUGUUGUAAGCAUUUGUCGUGGUGGCGCGAACCGAGCGUGGCUUAUAAGUGUACGAUGAAAGCUUUUCUCUGUAGAAGAACUAAAUGAUGAUGAAGUUUGCACGGAGACGUUUUUUCACGAAAAAAUUUCAGCCAAUACCGAUAAGCAGUGCCGUAGACAAUAGUAGAAAUAGCAGCAGCAGCAGCAGCAGCAGUAGCAGUAGCCAAAACGAUAUUCAAUUGUGAAAGUGAGCCUGUUAUACGGGCUAAUAUUUUUCUUCGCUUUUGCAAGGAUACUCAUUACGGUCUAUACAGAACGAAGAACUUCGGAAAAGUUUUGCGGACGUCCGUAAACUAAAUACGGCUAGCCGGUUUUCAUCCUUCUUCACCGUGCUUGUCCAUCGAAGAAUUCAUGUAACGGUCCACUGUUCUUCUGAAGGCCUCUUGAAGCUCUCACCGCUAGGCUAGGAUGUGGCGAUCGACUUGUGGAUGCGCAUCCAACAUAACGACGGAAACAAUAAAGAUUAAAGGAACGAAAAUCGCAUUUCCUUGGUGUCUGGUCCUAUGAAAAACGCAUCGAGUGCUUCCGAUCUUGUUGUUGUGUGUAUAACUUCGUAGACGCUAUUCAGUUUGGGGACGUUACAGGAGAACAAUUUUUUCGUUAAAUAACAGCAAACCAUGUACCAUCCAUCAUACUACUCAUACGAAAUUCCGGAGCCCUAUUGGCAGACUGCUACUGCCCAUGUUGGAGCACCCACACCGGAGUGGCCCACAGCGCCCACGGGCUCGACUUCUGCUCAACUGCCUUCGCUUGCCUACAAUAGCUACUACCCUUACGGCGAUUUGCACACCGAAGGAACCUUUACGGAGCUACCCUCCCCCAACCAUAUCGGCCUUCUAUCGGCAAGUAGUACGCCAGCGGAGAGUUUCAAUCAGGCGAGCAACAGUUCGCCCUUGUCGCCGCAUUCCCCUAUCAGCGCGUCAUGUUACCAUCGCCAAUGGACGCCAGUGGCACAAUCGGGUUUCCAGCCAUACCAUCCGCCCGUGUCGGAAAAUAACUUGCCCCUGCCCCCAAAUUCAUGCUCACCCGGCGCUCCCGGCGCUGGCGGUUCGAACUCAAGCCAAAUAGAAGAUACUUUGGAAACGGAAAGCAUCAAAUCUGAAUGUGAGAGCCUUUCGUCCCAAAGUAAUGUCAAAGGCAACUGGGCAAAGCAGGCGCGCGAAAAAAAACCCUAUCCUGGUGUUAUUGGUAAAACACGAACAAAAGACAAAUACCGCGUUGUCUACACCGAUCACCAAAGGCUUGAACUUGAGAAGGAGUUCUGCUAUUCGAAGUACAUCACGAUCCGGCGCAAGGCUGAGCUUGCCACCGCGCUCAACCUUUCCGAGCGACAGGUGAAAAUUUGGUUCCAAAAUCGUCGAGCUAAGGACCGUAAACAGGCGAAAAAGCGAAAAGGUGACGGCUCUGAGGAUUCCGGGGUCCGCGAUGGACUUGCCUCAUCGCUGACGCCUUCACCAGAUCCGCCACGUUACGACGAACUCGGCCAGAGCUUGCGACCAUCGCUCGAUAGCCUGCGAGCACCUCCAACCGGCCAUCCUCUAGUCAAUGUUGGUCUUACUGAGCCGGUACCCCUCGAUCCCGGUAGUAUCCAACAGAUCAAUUCGGACGACUACCCGCAACACAUAGCGCUAGGCUCACAGCAUCUGCAACUUGGUUCUCAAUCUACACACGGUCAGUCGGUUGGCGCUGGUAUUGUGACAAACGGUCCUUUAUGUACCGUUGGUCCUGGAAGCCAUAGUGGACUCCUUACCUCGCACAGCAGCUCCUCACAGCAACUCCCCCCCUUAACGCAUGGGCAACAGACUCCACCGGCACAUGCGGUCGCUCCGCAUGCUCCGCUACAAACAGCCUCGACUCAGCCCAUUCUAGCGAGCACUCAUCCACAUCAAAUCUCGGCAAUUGUUGAACAUCCUCACCUUUCACACCCCACCCAUCAUGCCCAUUCGGCAUACCAUCACCUACUGCUGGUGCCGCCCCGGCCUGAGGACAACGCGAACCGCCCGGUUGAUAUUACUAACGGCGACCUCCGAGACAGAGAUGACCAUUUAUAUUCAUCGUAGUGAGCCUAGUGAUACGUUAUA